GCUAACGAGGAGGAGAGGCCGGCCGGUCAGAGAUCGACCGAGAUGCAUCGUUCGUCGAGCUACUACCUGUCAUCCUCUUCAUCUUCGUCGUCAUCGAUGGGGGCGGCGUCGGUGACCGGUGGCCCAAGCGGGAAUGCAGGGCUGGACGCUGACCAUCUGCCGACGUACGACCCGCACUCGGACACAGCCAAGAAAGAGGCCCUCGACGCCUGCCGCGCCAACCUUGCCCACACACUCGUCCACCUCGUCCCCAUCGUGGUCCUCCUCUCCGGGCUUCUCCUCUGGUCGCUCUCCACCACCCCCGUUCACCCCACCGAGGUGGGCGUAAUUUUGCUAAAGAAGGAAAGACUAAUGGCGCUGAAGAGUGGGCUCGAGCACAGCUCGAACGGCCCCGGUAUGGUGGUUGCGAUGGAGAAUCUGGAUCCAGCGGGCAACACUGUUGGGAAAAGAAUAAAGAAGGACGGACUUAAGAAAUGAAAUGGAUGGAUGUGGUCCCUGUUGUUUUUUCUUAGUAAAAGAGCAAUUAGUUGCAUGUAUACCCAUUUUGGAAAAUACAUUUUCUUAGUAAAAGAGCAAAUUAGUUGCAUGUAUACCCAUUAAAAAACGACUAAGGAUAUAUAAAAACGAUUUUUUUUCUC